AGGCCAAUGGUGGACAGACUGCAAAGGGUACAAGUCUGGCACGUGGAGAGUGGGGACUACUGCCGUGGCUGGGUCUGUUAGAUUCCGGAGCAAGUCCAGCAUCACCUGCCGGGGGGAAGCCGAAGUCCUGCCCAUCUGGGAUCCAGCUUCUUGUAGGACACGCACACAGGCCGUCACUCACCGACUUCCAGUGAGGGGGCUGGGGGAAGGGAAGAAGGGGACGCGGGCUGUUGCCCAAGCAACGAGGUGGGAGUGGGGGAGGGCGACUAAGUUCUGUUUCCAUGGAGACUGUGCAGGCUGAACGGCAACACUACUAAAGGUGGUCCAGACGCUGACGGAAGACCAAGGAGCCCACUAGUAAAGGCUGGCGACGAUGCCCUGACCCCUGAUUGACCCCAAACCCCUGAUUCUGCCUCCCCCAGUCUCGUGACCCUGAGACGCGUCCAACUCCGCCAGAAUAUUCGGGCUAGGGGAGGGGAAGGGCUGAGCUGGAGGAGAGAGUAGGGGGCCCCAACCCAUGGCGCCCAAGAAGAAGCGCGUGCCGAGCGCGGGGCGCCGGUCGGCCGUGGCAGGAGAGGGCGCUGAGCCGCCGCUGUCGGAGCGCGCUCAGUACCUGCAGCGCGAGUACAAGCUGCUCUCGGAGCAGCUGGACGCCUGCGAGCAGCGCGUCGACCAGAUGCUGCAAGAGAACGCCUUCCUUGACCGCGAGGCGCUGCGCCUGCGCGAGGAGAACCGGCUCUACGCCAGCUACAUGAGCGCGCGCGCGCAGCGCUGCGCCAACGCCAUCGUCCGGCUGGACGAACAGAACCGCGUGGACCUGACGCUAAUCCACUGGCAAAACCUGUCCCGCGCGACCUCUCGGCUCCCUUCAGUCUCGGCCUCCCGGAACCCGUCUCAGGUCUCAUGGAGCGCGGCUGCUUGGACCCCGUCCCUGCUCUCCAAGCUCGCCGUUCCUCGGGUCCCGUCAUUGAUCCCGUGGCUUUUGGGCUCCGGAGUCCCAUCGCUGGCCCCUUCGAAGAUGGAUUCACCUGUCCUAUCCCGGGCCCCAUCGCACGUGGGCUCCAGGGUCCCGUCCCUGACCCCGUCCCGCCCGGGCUCCAGGGUCCCGUCCUUGACCCCGUCCCACCCGGGCUCCCGGGUCCCUUCCUUGACCCAGUCCCACCCGAGCUCUCGGGUCUCUUCGCGGUCCUCAUUGCGCGCGGCCUCACAGAACACCACUCUCUCUGGGAAGUCCGUCCCUGGAUCAGGCUCUUCCCGGUUCCCAGCUGAAGGAGACCACAAACAUGACGCUGCAGCCGAAGCCACCUCGAGGAGAGUCUGAACCUCCCUGAAGAAAGGCCAGUGAGGCCAGACGGUGGGGGGAGAGGGGUGUGCAGGACGCAGAUUUGGUGAGCGGAUUAUCAAUAAAGGUGUGACCCCCUCCACCUUA